CUGGUACUGGUGCCAUCUUUAUUGCUUGUGGACACUUGGAUAAAACAGCUUGAACAGCACGUAAGACCAGGCACACUUAGUGUCUAUAAGUAUCAUGGGCAGCAACGGCGGCUUGACGCAUCCUCGCCCUUGCAGUACGACGUGGUGGUAUCGACAUACGCGACUGUAGCAUCUGACCAUAAUCGCGGCGGUGGGAUGCUCAGCCGAUUCAGGUGGUAUAGGCUUAUUCUUGACGAAGCUCACGUCAUCCGGAACUGGUCAACGAAGCAGUUCAACGCGGUCAAUAGCUUGUCCACCAAUAUUCGCUGGUGCAUGACGGGAACGCCAAUCCAAAACACAAUCGACGACUUGGGAUCCUUGAUAAAGUUUCUUAGAGUGCCUCAGUUUUCUGACACUCUUGUUUUUCGAAAGCAUAUAUCCGGAAUCAAGAGGAUUGGUCAAAGCCACGCGAAGCUAAACGUAGCCAAUCUCAGACUUCUCCUGUCGUCAAUGUGUCUCCGCCGCAAGCAGUCCGUCAUAUCCUUGCCGGGAGUCACGGAAGUGAAGCACGAGGUACAGUUUUCCGAAAGAGAAAAAUCCGCCCACAAGGCUAUCUUGAUAGCCUGUAAAAAGUCGGCCAUGGCCUCUGCAAAUCAGCCAAACGAAAAGAAGUCAGCCAAGGCCACAUUACAAGGCAUCCUUCGGAUGAGGAUGUUCUGCAACGUGGGCUUUGAGGUAGGAGGCAGUAGUGUAGGUGAGAUGUCGGAGCCUGACCAAGUUUUGAGUCUACUACAGCAAUCAGGAGACGCAAAGUGCUACUCAUGCGCGGCAGAUAUCCACGACCUUUCCGAAAAUGCGAGAAUCAGCCACUGCUACUCUGCUGCGUGUGGAGAAUGCGCCCCUGACCUCCAAAGUGAGGCUGCAAACGGAGGUGCUGAUAGAAAUUGCCCCAUGUGCAAGAAAAAGUGCGAUGGGAACAUUUUCUUAGACGCGUCUAGCACACCGGAGACCUGCAUAGAGGGAGAAUUGCCGUUGCCUGAUCUCGGAAGAGUGUGGCCAUCGAAGCUGCUCGCAGUGCUUCAGGAUCUAAAGGAGAAUUUAGAGAAAGAAAAGAGCAUCGUCUUUUCGUUCUGGCGACAGAGUCUUGACGUGGUUGGCCGUCUCCUGACCGAACACAAUAUUGCGUAUUGUCGAGUGGAUGGUGUCCUCAAACCAGCCCAUCGAAAGAAGGUCUUGGAGGAGUUUUGCUCCGAUGAUUCCCUCAGAGUCCUCCUAAUGACACUUGGAACUGGCGCAGUUGGCUUGAACGAUUUAUCAAUCGCCAGCCGUGUCCAUUUUCUUGAGCCGCAAUGGAAUCCAUCAAUCGAGAGCCAAGCUAUAGGUCGUGUCUUGCGGCUUGGGCAAGAGGAAGAAGUGUGUAUUGUCCGAUACAUUGUGAAAGGCUCUAUUGAAAAGAGCGUCGAGGAUCGCCAGAUUACCAAGAUUCGACUCGCACAAGCUGGAGAGAUGCAUUCUGCAGGGAGUUUUUCUGAGGCAGGGCUAGCUCUCAUUCGCGAGCAACUUGACCAGAUUGGUGAGAAAUAA